AUGGCACGGGCCUCUUUCGGGGGUGCCCUGCUGGCCCUGGUGGCCCUGGUGUUGGCAGCUGGUAUGGUUUUGGGGAGUCCCCCUGCGGCAGGCUUCUACCCCCGCUUCAACCCCUUCUUCUUCCUGUGUACGCACCACGGGGAGCUGGAGGGGGCCGGGGUGGCAGAGGGAGGGGGAGAGGUGCUCCUCACCCUACAGAUUGCUGGAAACCCCACCGCCUACACUCCGGGACAGGAGUAUCAAGGUGAGUUAGGUUAUCCCGCAGUGGUAGGGUACACACCCUGGGUAAAAUGUGUGUGUCAGUGUGUAUGGGGAGGAGACUGAUUUUGUUAUGUUUGACCAUCUUGUGUGUGACGUUGUGUGUGUGUGACCCACUGUGUGUGUGUGUGUGUGUGUGUGUUACCCCUUCGGUGUUUGACUGUGUGUGUGUGUCUGAAUGUGGAGGAGACGGAAUGUGUUGUUUGAUAAUUGUUUUGUAUCGCUGAUAUCAAUCAUUAUCUUAUUUAAGUUAAGAAUAAAUAGUUGUGUAUCUAUGGUAUAAAAUGUUAGUGUUUUUCAAGCAGAUUUCUUGCUGGCAAUUCCUGAAAAAUGUGGGGCAUGUUUCCAAUAAAGACACUUUAUGGUUGGCUGUAUUUAGGAGGACAAUUUCCAUAAGCUUUACAUAUGUUAAAUGCAAAUUAAUUCAGAAGCAAGUUUGUCUGCUUUGUUAAACGGUUUCUGGUGAUUUGGUUGAAUUUGUUUUGCAAUUUCAUGAGUCGAAUUUUGAACAGAAGAAUAUUCAUCAUGUUAAAAUUGUGCGUUUCUGUGUUUUUUAGUAAAGAAGAUAGAGGAAAAUAAGUGUUUCCAAUGACAUCAUCGGUCUGCAUCGUGUGAUUUUUAACCAAUUAUGAGUAGGCAUUGCCAACUAAUUGCCUACUAAUUGGUUGAUGAUGUCAUUGGAAACACUAAUCUUCCUCUAUCUUUUUUUACUACAAAACAUAGAAACGCGCCAUUUUCACGUAUGUGGAUGUUAGGGUGGUGCUGGAGAUGAUGAACAUGAAGAGGAAAAUGGAGACAUUAAAGGUUCCCAGAACAUUUAGUUAGGUUGUGGGAACAGUGUGGAUGGAUACAUUACAAGAGAUAGGUUCCCAAAACACAAAAUAUGCUCAACACAAAAUACUGUACCUAAUAUUACCACAACAUUCAAUGUCACAUAUUCUUCAACCGUGUAAUAAAUAAACAAUACAAUAAAAAUUGUGAAAAUGAGGCUCAGAUAUAAUCUACUUAAAGAGAAUAUGUCUUUAUUUCGUCCAGAUUUAUAAAGCAGAAUUUAGACUAACUGAAUUUUUUUAACAUUGUGUGAAAAUUGUCUGUUCAACUUUUUAAAAUGCACCCUGUAUAAUUCCUAUUUUGAGACUCUUGAUAUGGUCCCCCCUGUCUUAUUUUGUGUGAUCUGAAAAGCAAAAGUGAUCCUAGAUCAGCGCUCAUAGUCUUGGAUACCUUGUAAAUAUGGGCCCAGAAGUACGCAGCAUGUAAAGAGGAUGAGUGAAGUGACGGUGAAUAACCCAGUUACCAGUAUUUCCCUGGGUUAGUUAUGUCUAAGAAGGCUAAGAAGGCACCAUGGAAUCCCUCAUUGACCAUACUUCCUUGGCUAUAUACAAAAUAAAUAAGAAGUAAGAGAGAUUCCCUGGUGGUGCAGAGGAUAAACGACCUGGCUUGGGAAUCAAACAUUACACAUGCAAACCCCACACGUGCAGAUUGUCAACAUUUUAAGUGUAAAAAAAUAUGGUUGUGCUUGUAUGAUUAAAUGCUAUUCAAAUGCCUUAUAAAAAUAAAAAUCCUAUAUGUUUCUAUAUUACCUUCAAAUGCAAAAUUACAAUUAAAUCUGGAGUGAAACACAAUGGGGAUGUAUUCCAUUCUAGUUAAGGAGCUACACAUUUGCAUGCUGAGAAUGUUGUGGUAAUAUUAGGUAAAACUUCAAUACAACCUUUUCUAAAUGUUCUUGAAAUGUUCUGAGGACCUCCAAGACAAGGUCAAAUGUAUAUUGCGUGAACAUCAAUGUAAUAUUAUGUUAAACCUAAAACAAAUAUGCUAUGAACUUCAUAAAAAACAGACUUAUUUGGAAAUUGUGCAACAUUGUGCAACAUUGUGGAAAUGUUCUGUGCAACCUAUGUGGAUAUCACAAGAAUAAUAUUGCAACAUCCCAUACAAUUCCCAUAACGUUAUUUAAAUGUUCUGGCAACCUUUAAAGAGUUUAGACCAAGUGUUCUGUCAACAUUCUUACAACAUUAUAGGAAUGUCCUGUGCAACCUAACUAAAAAAUUGUAUGAAUGUCAUACAACUGGAUAGUUUUAGUCAUAUCCCCACAAUGUUCCCACAGCCUAAAGAAACAUUCUGGGAACCUUUAAAGAACAGACUAAAUGUGUUCUGGGAAAGUUCUUGUAACAUCAGGUGAAUGUCUUUUGCAUCCUAAAAGAAACAUUGUAGAAUCAUCCGCACAACUGGACAGUGUUUGUGUUUUGGAAACAUAUCUUUUGUGAUGUCCCCAUAAUGCUCCCACCAGACUGUUCCCACAACCUAAUGAAACAUUCUGGGAACUUUUAAAGAACAGAUUAAAUGUGUUCUAGGAAUGUUCUUGCAACAUCAGGUGAAUGUUUUAUACAAACAUUCUAUAAUCAUCAGCACGACUGGACAGAUUUUGUGUUUUGAGAACAUUUGCCUCGACCCCAAAACAUUUCUGGGGACUUUCACAGAACCAAUUUUGGUUUGCUGGGAUGAGAUACGACUGUUUGGGAUUGUUGUAUGUGCUGUGUUUGGAUUUAGUAGAAUUGCUGGCUGUGACACUGCAGAGCUGUUGUGUUAGUGUGGGGUGGCGGUGGAUGGAUUUAAACAGGUGUUUAUGUAAGUAUUGAUACAGAGUGAAGUGGGACGUUUGUUCUGAGAUGGAGCUGAUGCCGGAGCUAGCUGCUAGCUGCUAGCUGCUAGCUGGUGUUUUCUGUGUUGUGUGAUCACGCUGCCCCGUCCUCAGUGUGUAGGUGGCUUUAUUUCCCCCAAGACUAAAGGAGGAAAAGGGAAAGAAGGGAAGGGAAAAGGGGGGGGAAAAAGGAGGGGAAGGGAAGAGGAAAAGGGAGGAGAGAAGGGGGAAAAAAGAAAGAGGAGAGGAAAAAAGAUUUGAGAAGGAGUAAAAAAGGGGGGGGUUAGGGGGUGGGGGGGGUGGGGUUUUUCUUGAUUGUUUCCGCCUUUCCUUUUCUUCCCUUCCUCUCUUUUUCCCCCCCCCCCCCUUUUUUUAAACCCCCCCCCCCCCUCCCUUUUCCCCCCCCCCCCCUUUCCCCCCCCCCCCUCCCUUCCAAAUUUUUUCCCCCCCCUCCCCUUUUUUUCCCUUCCCCCCCCCGCCCGCGCCCGCCCCGCUCCGGCCCCGCCCCCUCUUUUCCCCCCCCCGUCCCUUCCCCCCCCCCACCCGGGGCGGGGGUGCCCCGGGGGGGUUUUCUCCCUUUGUUUGCCGGGGGGGUUUUUUAAAAAAAUUUUCCCCUUUUGGGGGGCCCCGGGGGGGAGAGGGAAAGGGUUUUUAAAUUUUUGGGGGGCCCCCCGUUGAAAAGGGUUUGGGUUGGGUUAGGGAUUUAAAAAAAAGGGGGACCCGGGGCUUUUGGGGUUUUUGGGGGGGUUUGGGGGGUUUGGAUCGGGUUUGGGGAUAAUGGGUUUUUUUGGGACAACUUUUUUUUUUGGGGGUUUAAAAUUUUUGGGGGGUGAAAAAAAUUUUUUGGGGGGGGUAAGGCCAAAUGGGAAAAAAGGGGGUUUUUUUUUCCGGGGGCUGGAAAAAUUUCGGGGGGAAAGACCAAAAGCUUUUACUUUUUUUUUCACCUUUUUUUAAAAUUUUAAAAUUUUUUUUUUUAAAACCCCCCCUAAAAAAAAAACAAAAAAAAAAAAAAAAAAAAUUUUAAAAUUUAAAAAAAAAAAAAAUAAAAUAGGGGAAAAAGGGGCCAAGGGGGGAAAAAUUAAACGUUUUCCGGAAUUUUUUUUUUGGGGGGGAGUUUGUUUUUUGGGAAAAAUUUAAAAGUGUUUUAAAGCACGAAGGGUUUUUUUUUGGCAAGGGGGGGGGAAGGGAAGACGAUGAAAAAAAAUUUUUUAAAAAAAAUGAAAAGGACCCCAAUAGAAGGGGGGGGGGGUACUUUGGUAGCAAAGGGCGAAAAACCGGGGGAAGAGGAUAGGGGAAAGAUGGGGAAGGGACCCCGGGGAAGGUUUUUUGGAGGAAGAAGUUUUUUGGAGAAAAAAGGGGGGAAGGGGAAGGGGGGGGGGGGGGAAAGAAAAUUUUUUAGGGGCCAAGGAAGAGGGGGGGGGGUUUUGACGUAUUUAAAAAAAAUUUCUUUUAAAAAAUUUUUUAAAAAUGGGGGGUUUUUGGGUUUUAAUAAUUUUGGGGAUUUUUUCCCCUUUUUUCGUCGGAAAAAAAGUGUUUUGGGGUUUGGGGGUGUUUUGGUGCUUUGGGGGGUUUUGGGGGUUGUUUUUUGUUGGUGGUUUUUCUGUUGUUGUUUUUAAAACCCGAUUUUAUUUUUCCCCCCUAAAAAAUUUUAAAAAUUAUCAUGGAAAAAACCCCUAAAUGAAGAACAUAAUUAAUUUUUGGUUUGGGAAAGAAGGGGAAAGGGGAAAGGGGGGGGAAGGAAACCUGUCAUUUUUUUUUUGUUCUACUUGGAUUUGGGAUGUUUGUAUUUGGGAUCAAAGCUUAGAUCUAUGAUGCUCCAGUGUUUACAAGUGCUACUGUAUUAUUAUGUUGCUUUGUUUUGUAUCUGUUUCUACUGCAUGUGUACUGCAUAUGUACUUCAUGUGUACUGCAUGUCAACUGCAUAUGUACUUCAUGUGUACUGCACGUGAACUGCAUAUGUAAUGCAUGUGUACUUCAUGUGUACUUCAUGUGUACUGCAUGUGUACUGCAUGUGUACUUCAUGUGUACAGCAUGUGCACUGCAUGUGUAAUGCAUAUGUACUUCAUGUGUACUGCAUGUGUAAUGCAUAUGUACUUCAUGUGUACUGCAUGUCAACUGCAUAUGUACUUCAUGUGUACUGCAUGUGUACUGCAUAUGUAAUGCAUGUGUACUUCAUGUGUACUUCAUGUGUACUGCAUGUGUACUGCAUGUGUACUUCACGUGUACUUCAUGUGCAUUUUAAUGUAUUCUGUGGAAGAGUGUGAUUGUAGUGUUUUCGUAGUUUCAGAGUGUGUGUAUGUGCAUUUGCACACAGUACCAAUGUGUUUGUGAGCACAUGGGGGUUGUUGGGUCAUUGUGAAGUACAGUUUGAGAGCCACUCACACUCACUCCCCUGCUGUUGCAGUCAGGCAAAGAUACGCUGUGUGUGUGGUGUGUGUGUGCGUGUGUGUGUGUGCUGUGGGGUGUGUGUGUGUGUGUGUGUGUUGUGUGGUGUGUGUGCUGUGUGGUGUGUGUGUAACAGACCAGAUUUCAUUGUUCCUCUCCACUGUAGAAAUCUUAACAACUCUCAGCCACUCAAUGAGAAGCAACACUACCACUGACAGAACACUACUUAAAGAAGCAAAAGAGAGAGAGAGAGGAGAGAGAGAGAGAGAGAGGAGAUAGAGAGAGAGAGAGAUGAGGGGGAGAGAUAGAGAGAGAGAGGCGAGAGAGAAGAGAGGAAAAUUUUAUGUUUAUUUAUUUUCCCAUUUGUACUUUAACUAUUUGCAAAAUUGUUACAACACUGUAUAUAUACAUAAUAUGACAUUUGAAAUGUCCUUUAUUCUUUUGAAAACUUCUGAGUGUAAUGUUUACUGUUAAUAUUUAUGUGUUUAUUUCACUUUUGUUUACUAUCUACUUACACUUGCUUUGGCAAUGUUAACACACGUUUCCCAUGCCAAUAAAGCCCUUAAAUUGAAUUGAGAGAGGAGGGGAGGGGAGAAAGCGCUGCGCGAAGCUAGAGGAAGAGAGGAGAAGAGAGAGAUAGAUAGUAGAGAGAUAGAGAGAGAGAAGAGAGAUAGAUCGAGGAGAAAGGGCAGUAGGGGCAGAUGUAAUGUAUAAAGCUAUAUAGGGAGAGAGAGAUAAUGGAUAGGAGAUAGCGAGUAUGAGAGGGUAGGGUAGUGUGAGGGGCAGAAAACUAUAGAGGGAGAGCUGUUUAGCAAUCCAGUCAACAGCAUCACAGGCCAAAAUGACCAUUGCUAAUCUGACGAUAGUAACAACGUCGUGCUCCUCCUUAAUGGGUCCUUUCAUGUGUUAAUCGAUGGAGAGACACAGAGAGACAAUCAACACUUCAAGGAGCUUUACACCCUGUCGCUUAAUGGUGACCUAGCGAUAAAUCCACCCCGCAAAUAGCUAAUACCAUCAAUGCUCUGCAGUGAUAGCAUAUCUGAUUAGAAAAUACUGAAAUACACUGCUGUUUGCACGGUAGUGCAUUAUCUACUUACUGUUGCGGAGGCCUUAUGUUGACUGAUGGCUGUUAAACAACAUGCGACACGUGUCUUCAUGAGUGUUCCCAGUAGAUACAAGAUACCACAACCACAGAUAGGCUUGGAAGAAAUGUGGUGGGGGGGCAGUUUCCUGGACACAUAUUAUGCCUAGUCCUGGACUGGGAGGACUUUCAAUAGAGAUUCACUACCCCAUAUUCUCUUCUUUCCAUGGCGACCACAACAACAACUACAACAACAACAACAACACGUCAUGGAAACAGAGAGGGAGACAUCUUUAAGACUAGAGACAGACUGCAAUGCCUGCUUGUCUUUUUUUGCCUGAUUCCUUCACGUCAACAUCCAGCCCAUCGCCAGUCUCUUUACUGAGAAAUGCUCUCAAACGCAGAGAGACACUGAGAGGUCAGGGGUCAGCUGAGACACUUGACAUACCCGCCAGAGGUCAAGUGUCGCAGGAGAUGCGGAUGUCACCCGAUGAGAUGAGACGGAUGUCAUUUUGGAAGAAGCAAGGCCCUUUAUUACUCGUGCUCUUAAGAACUGAGCCAUCUCCACAUCUUCGGUGUGUUCGGAGCCUACGGACACUAAUAUCGCUGCUUUAUAUUAACGAGGCGCUCAUGGAGAAAGCGCUGCGCGUAAACCCGAGACGCUAACGUGUCAGUCCAGCGAACCACCGCAUGAGGACAUGCAGGAGACUGGCCUAGUUUUCAGCCUGCAUACAGUGGCCAGUUUAGGGUAACAGGGAGAGGGGUGGAAAGAGGGAUGGAGGGAGGAAGGAGGGCUUUAUUGGCAUGGGAAACGUGUGUUAACAUUGCCAAAGCAGGUGAAGUAGAUAGUAAACAAACGUGGAAUAAAACCCUAAAAAGGACAGAACAUUAAAAUAUUUUUCUCUUUUUUCUCGCUCCUUUUUCUCCUCCCUCCCCCCUCCCCCCUCCCUUCCCCCCCUUCCUCUUCCCCUUCCUUCUCUUCUCUCUCUCUCUUCCCCUCUCUCUCUCUCUUCCCCCUCUCGCUCUUCUCCCUUUUAGUGUGA